UCAUUCCUCAAACCGCAGCUCGCCUGCAACACAAGUCAAAAUGGGUGGCGAUCUCAAUCUCAAGAAAUCAUGGCACCCCUCGCUCCUGCGCAACCAAGAGCGCGUAUGGUCAGAGGAAAAACGCGCCCUCGAAGAACGCAAGAAAGUCGAGCAACUCCGCCGUGAGCGCGAUGAGGAGCGCCAGAUCCAGGAACUCCAGCGACUGCAAGAAGACUCGGGAAAGCCGCGGCAGCAUAAUCGGGUCGACUGGAUGUACCAGGCGCGUCGAAGGCGCAUUGAUGGGAUUCUGUUGAAGAAUGAUGAUAGCAAGAAAUUGGAGAAGGGGGCGGAUUUGAUGGGCGCGCCUGCUGCUGCGCAGCCGGUUGUUGGGACGGGGAAUCCGAGGGAUAUGAUGACAAAGGUUAUGGCGGAUCCGUUGAUGGAGAUUCGGAAGCGGGAGCAGGCGGCGUAUGAGAAUGCGGUUAAGGAGGCGGCUGCGAGAGGGAAAGUAAUUGCUAGGGGCGAGAAGGAGAAGGAGAGGGAGAGAGAUCGUGGACAUAGGAGGAGUAGGAGGUAUAGCGACGAGGAAGGAGAUUCUCGGCGUCAUCGUCAUCGCUCGCAUCGGCAUCGGUCUAGGUCUCCUGCUUCACCCGAGCGGUCGUCACAUCGGAGACACAGAGACGAAAGAGAUGAUCGAGACCGCAGGGAUCGGGACCGUGAGCGUAGGAGUGACCGUGAUCGCAAAGAUAGGGAUGAUAGGAAUCAUCGCUCGAGCAGACGCGGAGAACGUGAUGAGAGGCAUGAUCGGUCUUCUCGCAGAGAUUCGCUACAUGACAGAUCUCCUUCUCCUCGGGCCGAUCAUCGUCAUUCCGAUAGGCGUCGCACAGAUGACAGGAACGGCGACUAUUCCAGAGACCAUGAUCGUCGCGAUAGGCCCUAUCGCCACUACGACAGAGACAGGAGAGACAACAGAGGCCCCAGAGACUCGUACCCCCGCGACCGUCCCAAUGGCGCCGGGGCUGGAGACACGAACAAAACAAAAGAACUUGAAGAAGAGCGCAAGCGCAAGCUGGCAGAGAUGCUGUCCAAUGCAGAUGAAAUGGAAGACACUCGUCGCCAACGGAUUGCCGAUGUUACAGCUAUGGAAGAGAAGCAACGUGAGGAAGACGAGAAGCAGCGCUCGGAAAAGGGUCGGUUUGUCGCAGGUCUCCAUCGUCAGCUCCAGGAAGAUAAUCUGGAUGACCGAAUCAAGCGUAGUCGUGGUGGGCUUUCUCGGAUGGAGGAUUGA